UGAGUCAUGACUAGAUAGAUUUCACACUUCACUUCCAUUUUUCUAUAGUUCAAUUUUGUUGCAAAUCAUUUGUUCCAUUUAGAAACAUAUAACAUAAAUGGAAACAAAUUCAAGUGUAAAAUCAAGAAAGCUAAUAAUGGGUUUAGAGAAAAAGAAAGCAAUAGAGAAAGAAUGGAACAAUAUUUAUAGCUCUAAGCACCAACUCUCUUGUGCUGACUUCCCUUCUCACUUUGUCUUUGGUGUUGCCACUUCUGCUUAUCAGGUUGAAGGUGGAAGCAAAGAGGGAGGAAGGGGUCCUAGCAUAUGGGAUUCUUUUUCACAUACUCAAGUUUUGUUUUUGUUAGGCAAAAUAUGUGAUGGAAGCACCGGGAAUGUGGCUGUUGAUCAGUAUCAUCGCUACAAGGAAGAUAUUGAGCUCAUAUCCAAGAUGGGAUUUAAGGCUUAUCGUUUUUCAAUAUCGUGGAGUCGCAUCUUUCCUGACGGCUUGUGGACCAAAAUCAACCAUGAAGGCAUAAAGUACUACGAUAACAUUAUUGAUGCUCUUCUUGAAAGGGGCAUUGAGCCUUAUAUAACAUUGUACCAUUGGGAUCUCCCUUUGAAUCUUCAGGAAUCUUGUGGAGGCUGGUUAGAUGAACAAACUGUAAAAUAUUUUGCCAUCUAUGCAGAGACUUGCUUUGCUAGCUUUGGCAAUAGAGUGAAGAAGUGGAUUACAAUUAAUGAACCUCUUCAGACAGCUGUGAAUGGAUAUUGGACUGGUAUACAUGCACCUGGAAAAAGUGAAAGUUCUUCUACUGAACCAUUCUUGGUAGCACACAAUCAGCUGUUGGCACAUGCAGAAGCUGUUUCCAUCUACAGAAAUAAAUUUAAGGAUGAGCAAGGAGGGGAAAUAGGCCUGGUGGUGGAUUGUGAAUGGCCUGAACCUUUAUCAGAUAAUUUAGAGGACAAAGCUGCUGCAACAAGGCACCUUGAUUUUCAGCUUGGAUGGUACCUGGAUCCAAUAUUUUUCGGAGAUUAUCCUGAAAGCAUGCGUGAAAGACUUGGAGACAGGCUUCCAAAAUUUUCACAGCGAGACAAGGAGUUGCUUAAACGUUCGUUGGACUUCAUUGGUCUGAAUCACUAUACUUCAAGAUUUGUUGGUCAUGCAGCAAAUAGUCGUGAAGAGAAUGACUUCUAUAAAUUACAGGAUGUAGAGAUAAUUGCUGAAUGGGAAGGAGGAGAGGUGAUCGGUGAGAAAGCGGCAUCUUCAUGGCUUUAUAUAGUUCCUUGGGGAAUUCGGAAAGUUCUUAAUUAUAUUGCAGAGAGAUAUGGCAAUCCACCAGUCUACAUCACUGAGAAUGGAAUGGAUGAUGAAGACGAAGACACAUCUCCUCUCCAUGAGAUGUUGGAUGACGAAUUGAGAAUUUCUUACUUCAAGGCGUACCUUGCUGCUAUUCAUCAGGCAAUCUUGGAUGGUGCUAAUGUGAGAGGUUAUUUUGCGUGGUCAUUGCUAGAUAACUUCGAGUGGAAUCUGGGUUAUACAAAACGCUUUGGUUUGAUAUAUGUGGACUUCAAGAAUGGGCUAACACGGCAUCUAAAAUCUUCUGCUUACUGGUUCAUGAGAUUCUUGAAAGGUGGACAAGUAAAACAUGGGAAAGAAGACUAGCUAACUUCUGGUGUUAUGUAGUUAGCUUAUGUAUUUUCUCACUUAUUCCUUUUCUGGUUUUCUAGUGACUAUCACUGUACUCAGCUUGUAAGGCUUUUAUAUGGAAAACAUUUUUUCUUUCUUGUAUUAUAGGUGUAAUAAUAACUCUCCUUGUUUGGCUCAAGGUGCCUGAUAAAGGAGUCUGUGAACUCACUGUCUAAUGGAUUUAUCUUAUAUGUA